ACAAAUGGAGGUUUUGACGGUUUUGACAUGGCCAUGGACAUGGCGAAAAUACAAAUUUAUGUAGAAGAUAUUAGUGAUGGAACAGAAUCUCUUAAAAUAUCAUUCAUAAAUGACUGUGAUGAAUCGAAAGUUUCCUCGCUUGUCAAGUACAAGUCCUGCUGUACUUUGAGUAGCGAGUCAUGUGCUGAAGACUUCGAAAGUUAUCCCGCACCAUGUGCCUGUCCCAACGAAUGCGAAUCAAGUUGCUCUUGUGCCUUAGGUGGUAACAUAGCAUACAACCAUGGCAUCUUAGCUGAAAAAUACCUGAAUCCCAAGACUGUACCCAUAAUUGAAUGUUCCAAGUUUUGUACUUGCAAUGCUGCUUGCAGAAGCGCUGUCGUACAGAAAGGUAUUACGUACCAGUUACAAGUGUUCAAGACUCCAUCAAAAGGUUUUGGUGUGCGGACGUUGGAAUUUAUACCGAAGUUAGCCUUUGUGUGCGAAUAUGCUGGUGAAAUAAUUGACGUUGCGGAAUUGCGAGAAAGAAUGAAAUGUAGGACUUCGCAAGAACCUAAUUAUGUGUUUGUGCUUAAAGAGCAUUCUUCUUGCAAUAGCGUACUUACUAUCAUUGAUCCUACAUUCAUUGGUAAUGUUGGGCGAUACCUGAACCAUUCCUGCUCCCCAAAUUUGGUUCCGGUUCCUGUUCGUGCAAAUAGCAUGGUACCAAGGAUAUGCUUCUUUGCGAAAGAAGACAUAGAACCUUCUCAGGAACUUACUUAUAACUAUGCUGAACAGUUUGAUUUCAAUGAGACGAUGCUGAAUGAAUCUCAGCGCGAAGUUGCUGUAAACAAAUCGAAUCGUAAAUGUUACUGUGGUAAAUCAAAUUGUAUUGGAUACCUUCCACUUGAUACAAAUUGGCUCAUCUGAAGUAUGUGGUAAUAUAAUCAUUAGACAGUUAUUCGCCAUAUUGAGUUGUAACAAAUUCAAUUUUGAUCUCAAUUUUAGCUCCGACCUCUCUUUACGCAAAUAUCAUGGUAUCGAGUAUAUGUGCUUUGCGAAAGAAGACACUGAACCCUUCUGGAGUCAAGGCCACCCAAUAAUUAUCUCUUCAAAUAAACCCUAUUUUUAUUAUUCCUCUUUAUUAUUAUUUU